AUGAAUGUAACCAGGUUUCCAGAAGAAGUAAAGUUUAUAAGUGGAUUCGAGCUAAGUAGUAAAUUUAUAGCAGCCGAAGAACCUAUAGCGAACACCAUGGGAAACUUUUGGACCAUGAUUUGGGAACAGAACACGCGAGUCAUUGUAAUGUUAAAUGGUUCCAAAGAACAGUUACGAACAUCAUAUCCAUAUCUGUCUUCGAGUCAAGUUGACACAAUCUCAUUUCAUACAUUUCAUUCACGGAAGUAUAUAAGCCGCAAUAGAUUUUUAAUAAUUCUACGAAUGCUGUACUUCAAUUAUGAAAAUACGAGAGCUCAUACAUAUGAUAAAGUGGAUCCACUAAUCGAAUAUUUUAAUAAUACCAUGAAAGGUUUUGUUCACCCAGAAAGGGAGCUCACGAUAGACGAGUCUAUCGUUUUAUUUAGAGAACCUGCUCGCCAUUCGUCAGUAUAUCAAAAAUAAACGCCACGAGUUUGGUAUCAAACUGUACAUAUUAGCUGA